UCAUAGAUCAAGACAGCAACUUGCUGGCUUUACCUUAUAGUGAAAAUUGAUCACUGGCCCCGUCUUUCGUCUUUUGCAUCUCAUAUUGUUGGUAGCUAUACAACUUGUGAACACAACAGGUUAACAAGUCACCGUGUGCUAUAUAGUCUGGUGUAUAAAGCCAUGUUGAAGCUGUAGAUUCAACUAAUUCAAUUAAGUAUAAAGAAAAACUAACUGAUUGAAGGAAUAUACAUGUAUGUUCCCACUGAUGCCAAAUUGAACUAGUCCAGCCGUCUGAAAACUAAUUAUUAAUAAGAUCAUCUUUGAGUUCUAGAAUUCGAUGGUCAAGAACCAUAAAGUAUAUGAAGGCUUUUGCACAUGAUGAUGAUGGCAUAUGUAUGUGUUCGAGGAGAUGCUAAAAGUGGAAACAUUGACUUGUAGGAUUCAAACCCAAUGAUUAAAUACAUAUCUGGGAGAAAAGUGAAGGCAAGGCCGGCUGGCUACUUGUUUAAUUUAGUCUAAGUUAACUUGUUCAAAAAGGACAGCAGCCCAGGGGUUAUUAUAUUAUUGGGGUUUUUUGACUCUUGAAUAGAAAGCAAAUACCUGUGAGAUAGCGUGAUUAAUGUGUAUUCAAGCUUCUUGUAAUCGAAUGAUUUAUGACUAGUAUCUUAAGUUGUGAUCAUUUUGGAGUAAGAUCCGGUUAAAUGCAGCAUAUGGACAAUGAGGAUUCAAAUAGCCGAUCCAACUUGCAUAGAUUUGAGCAUAGUAGGAGUUGUUGCUGUUUAUAUUAAGUAGUGAUCAAGUUACACUCUGCUAUCUUAGUUUGGUUUAGUAAAAUAGUUACUAGUGGCAUAUAAUGAUUUCAAUUUUCAGGAUAAAUAAUUUAUUCCUCGAUUUAUUUUGGCCGGCACAUUUAUAAGUGAUUGCAUCUUAGUUUCUUGCAAGACUGUAUAAAACAGAUAUUACAGAGUAGACCCGCUCAUCUAGCAUGGUCAAAAUUUGAUGAUACAAUACAUACAUAGACAAUAUUCCAUAAAUCACCAGUUUAAAACUUCCCUCAUAUGCUAAUUGUUUAAUAGCUGUUAAAUGUGGAAGGCUGCAAGAGUUGUUGAAUGAAAAGGUCAUUUAACUAGAAUAUUGCUUCAAUUCAUAAGUGGUCUGCAUCAAUGUGGUGGCUUCAUAUUGUCAAUGACAUAUGAUGUUUGACUUCACAUUGAAGAAUAUUUUAUGUUUUCACUUGUAUUACAGCACCCAUAAGGGCACGAACUCAACUUUCUCAGCUGCCAUUGGGUGACCCUGAGCAAAUAGCAUACCAUGAGUGAUUUUCCGCUUAUCUUUUUCAUAAUUUUCACAAUUUUAGCUUCUAAGGGCUAUGCCCAACAAAAUUAUUCAGGCAAUACUGUCAUGAGUUGUAAAGAACCCAAUGAAACAGGAACUACUGCUUCUUUUCUCUAUUCUUGCAAUGGUGAAAAGUUCUCCUGUCGUGCAUUCUUGAUUUUUAGAUCACAGUCUCCUUAUAAUUCAGUUUCCUCCAUCUCAAAACUCCUAUCUUCGGACCCUGAUGAGAUUGCCCACAUCAACAAUAUCUCAAGGUCUAAUAUCUUGGAUCAGAACCAAGAAGUUAUAGUUCCAGUAAAUUGUUCAUGCUCAGGUCAGUACUAUCAGGCUGACACCUCUUAUGUUAUAGCAAGCAAAUACGAUACCUAUUUUCUCAUUGCAAACCGCACGUAUCAGGGGUUGUCUACUUGCAGUGCUCUUGUACAUGAAAAUAUAUACGAUGCACUGGAUCUGUUUUCAGGUCUAAAUUUGCGGGUACCACUCAGAUGUGCCUGUCCUACAAGGGAUCAAUCAAGAAAUGGUGUGAAAUAUCUGGUGACUCAUUUGGUUACUUGGGGGGACAACGUUUCUAGCAUUAGCGCGCAGUUCAGUGUCAGUAGUCAAAGUACAGCAUAUGCAAAUGGAUUAUCUGAAAAUUCAGUUCUUUAUCCUUUCACAACACUACUGAUUCCUCUACUAAAAGAUCCUUCAAGCUCCCAAACAAGGACUAUUAAGAGCGCACACAUUGAAAUCUUUUACCCUUCUAGGCACAAAAUAUCAUACAGCAGUUUUUUUAUUGGGGCAGGAGCUGGUGUUUCCCUUGCAGUCCUCUGUCUUAUCUUGUUCAUUGUCUUAAAGCAUAAAAAGGAAAACAAAAGAGGUGAAGUGCUUGAGAGAGGAAGAGAACGGAAACAGAAAUGGAAUUUACCAGAAAAUGUCCUGGAAAGUAUAAUUGGUGGGGAUCAAAUGAUUAAAGUCUACGAAUUUGAAGAACUGGUGGCUGCAACUGAAAACUUCAGCUCGCGAAAAAGGCUUAGUAAUUGUGUUUAUAAAGGGGUCCUUCGAGGAAAACUACUGGCCAUCAAGGAGAUGAGAACAGACAUAUCAAAGGAGGUUAAAUUCCAUGCAAAGAUCAACCAUUUCAAUUUACUUAGCCUCACUGGUGUAUGCAAGCAUCAUCAACUAUCCUAUAUUGUUUUUGAGUUCAUGGAAAAUGGAUCUUUAAAAGAAUGGCUUUGCAAGGAUGAUAACACAGGGGCUCAGAGCUGGAACUGCAGAAUUCGUAUUGCCUUAGAUAUCGCCGAUGGUCUAGAUUAUAUUCAGAACUUCACAGCUCCAGCUUAUGUGCACAAUAACAUUAGUAGUAACAAUAUCUUGCUUAACAGACAUCUAAGAGCCAAGAUUUCAAAUUUUAGCCUGGCGAAACCAGCUGACAAUGAAGGACAAGGAAGUUCAUCUAUGAAAUUCGUCGACGGAAGAAAUGGCUACAUGGCACCAGAGUACAUCGAAACUGGUCAGGUUACUCCCAAGAUAGAUAUCUAUGCAUUUGGAAUCGUUUUGUUGGAGAUAAUUACAGGAAAAGGGGCUGUUUUCGAGCAGGAUGGAAAAGAAGUAUUCUUAUCAGAGACGGUGCUUGAAAGUAUGGAUAAAGAAUCUAAAAUUCAAGAACUCACAGAUCCAAGGCUACAAGUUAUGCACCCUCUUGGUUACAUAAUUCAACAAACUGAUCUCGUUCUUCGAUUGGUGAAACUAUGUGUAGCAUGCUUGACUGCAGAACCUGAAAGUAGACCAAGUGCAGCAGAAAUAAAAUCUACCUUAAUCAAAAUUCAAUCGGAUGUACAAAAUUAGAGAAACUUGAGGACAACAUGAAUAAGUCAUCAUAUGUUAUAUGUUCAGACAGGUCCCAGCAGUGACCUUUUGUUUCUUUAAUGUAAAUUUAAGACUUAGCUGUGGCCUCUAUAGUGUUCAUUUUUUUCCCUUUCCCUUUGCCCUUUGUUUCCCCCUCUCUGUGGCCUCUAAAUCCAAAAUAUUAUUUCUUGAUGGAUGUGAUUCAACAGAAUAUACAACAUCAACAGUUUCAGCUGCAAGAAAAAUGCAGGGAACAACUAGACGCGGAGGACUGCAAUGUGCAGUAUAUUGUGGAGAUAACUCAUCGUUUCAAUUGCAUUUUAUAUGUUUCUGUAGUUUUGUUUGUAUGAUUCUCUCUUGUCGUACAUGAACAUCCGCUUUGCUCAAUCCAAUGAAUUUAGUGAUUCAUUAUA